AUGCGCUCCCCGCGCCAGGAGAGGCCAGACCACGCUCAGGAAGCCGGGAAGGAGAGGCCUGGGCAGCGGAUCCUGCUUUGUUUGCCCCUUCAGCUCUUCCUGCCUCCAUUUCUCGCCACCCACCCUGAUGCUGAGUGCAGCCGAGUUUGCCUCCCACAGAGGCCCACAGGAGCCUCGGCAGACACGCGCUUAAGUAGCCCAGCGGAGCGACGAGCUCCUGGCCUGUGGACGCGAACGCGUUCCCCGCGCGGUCCAACUGCGCAGCAGACGGAGAUCCUCGCGAGGGCGCCCUGGCCGUGCGAGCGAAGCGAACGCUCCUCGGAGAGCUGGAGGCAAAGGCAGGCUCGCGAGGGAGCCGGGGAGCCUCGCACUCCAGGCCCGCAGCAGGGUGUAACCAGGCGCUCUCGCACUUCCCCCGGUGAGGUUUUAGGGGCGCGCCCCGCUGUGGCGAGCGUCAGAAAGGCUGGGGAUUUCAGCGGGGUGUCCGGAAACGGACGCGGGCAAGAGCGGGGAGCGGAGGGAAGUCCUGCUGGGGUGCAAGGGAGGGGACGGUUGGCCUGGGGCUGGGACAGCUCAGUCCCGCCUGAGAAGCCGCCCUGGGCCUCCCGCUCCGCUUUCUCGGUCUUCCUGCUGGCGGCCGGCCCUGCUGGUGUUUGCCCACCCAGGUCGCCCACCGGAGAGCGCUCCCUUCCCAGAGGCCACAGAGACUCUUCAUCUUCCUGGUGUGGACUUGCAAGGGAUACUAUGAGGAGCUUUAGGACCUUGACUGGAUCCUUCAGAUCUGCAGUGCCCAGACAACCCUUCUGUACUCUUCUAUACCUGACUCUGUGGGAAGCCUCUAAUCCUGUCAUGGAAAUGGAGACCUUGACCCUUAAGCUAUGCAGCAGCCUUGCCUCCUUGGCUGUGAAAAUGAUUACCAGUAACAUUAAGAAGUAUUUGUAGUACAGAGCAUCAAAGAGGAGAGUUGUCUUCUCACACUCCUACCUUGCUCCAGGUGCCACACAGAAGACAGUGAGUGUCCUAUCAUCUCAAGGUGGACAAAACAACCAGCAACUGGACAAAGGAGGAUAAACCACAAGCCAUGAUACCACAUGGCAUCUGCUACUUAAAUUGUGAAAUCAGAGCCACAGGUUUAUGUUUGGCAGCAGAGUAAACAUCAUGUGGUGCAUGUGUAUGUGCUUGAUUUAAACACUGAAAACAAGGAUAAAUGUGUGGUCUAUUGCUGCUGUAGCCUAUACCCUCUUACUCAUGUCAACCUAAGGUGGUCUUGUGGGGCUCCUGUCACUCUGCUAUCGAUAGCCCCUUCGUGUAGGUUGAGGACUGUCAGAACGCAAUCCUCAGAGACUGUGGCUUUGUCUGACUUGCUACUUCUCUGUCCACUUGUGGGAAUGGCUCUUCAGUGGGAAGGGAGAAUUUCAUCCUAAAUGUUACAGCUCAGUCUUAACUUGAUACUCCAUUUGGAGAGUGAGGAAGAACUGAAAUAAAAAAAAAUUUUUUUUUGGUACCGG